UUGUCAGGGUCCUCUGCAGAGGCGGAGCUUCCUCUCGGACCAAUCCAAGACCCUGUUGCCCGCUUCUGGCCCUCGCCACGCCUCUCAUACCCUGCCAAUCAGACUGCGGUUGUCAAGGCAACAGCUUGGCGCCAAGGCACGGAGUUGACGUCAGCGGAGUCAGUGUUAGGGGCCCCCAAGCAGGGUCUGGAAAAGGGGGAUGGGAUGUGGGUGUGAAUGGACGCAGCCCCCCCAAAGAAAUCGAGGUGAAACAGAAAUACCUACUAAUGAUGCCCCAAUGCAAAACCUGAGAAGAAAGAGGGGGAAAAAGGACAAGCAUAUAUUUGCCUAAAAUCGGAGGAAAAAAGGAAAAGAAAAACUACGAAAAAUCGAGACAGAAACACAUACGUUGAGGUCUAACCACGAAUGAUAAAGGUAGAAGAAAGGACUUUUCUGCCUGCAACACCCAAGCACUAAGCUAAUUUCCUUAAUAAACAAGAAGCUAUUGGAAAGCAACAAGGGAAAGACAAAAGCAAACCAAGAAAAAAAAAAGGGGGGGGCGCAAAGAGACUUCGAGUCACAGGACAAUACAAAUGGCUGGAAGAAUCAUGACCUGACUCUGCAUAGCGAAAUGCCAACCUGAGAUAGCGGGUGAAGGCGGCUUAUGGCAGUGCGCUGAAUCGCAUGCUGUCAUCUACCAUUGCGUGAAUCCACUGCGUAGAAUAGCAGGAAAUUGCGAGGGAGUGAGCAGGUAGACUACCAAGCCUGCCUCUGAAAGAAGAAAUUCCUGUUACCGGAAAAAAUAACAGGGGUAUCGCUGCCAUAAAGGACCAGAUCGUAAUAGAGUCAAUGAAAUAAAACUCGUUGCUGAAGUUUGUAGAAACGAAAUGUUGUUGCUUCCAAGCGUGCAGUGGCAUUUUCCUGAGGCUCUAUGACCUGUGAUACCAUAACAGGCUGAAGGCUCAAGCAGAUGAGAAUCCAGCUGUUCCCUAUCAAGGCUGACCCUGAAGAGAUUUGCAGAGAUGUAAAACGAUGCUACCAGAGGAGAGCUUCAGUUGGAUCUUCAGCAGGUGACGGCACCUGGUCCAGGGGCUCUUUUGUCUUGCACUGUGGACAUUCAACUCUGGAGAAUUCUUUGCUUUUUCUGUGUUACAUGACACACAACCUGCAGAAGACCAAGGGAGGAGGCGCCAUCCCUACCCCUCUCUGAACAGAGGAAGGUAGACCACAACAGCUGGGCUGAAUCGCUUGUCAGCAUCAGAGAGCAAGACUUACUGAAGAAUUCCUCACUCAUGGUGACAGAGUGAGUCCUGACUAAGGCCAUCUGAGAGGAGGUGCUGAAAGAGCUGUUCUUAUAGGCCACAGGAAUCAAGAGUUAAAUAUACAUUUAACAACCUGCAGCAGGACCCUGAGCAGCCCUCCACAGCUGUGACACGCCUGCGUAGACAUCUGGAGGUGGGUCUGAGUCUGGAAGCUGCAAUCAGAAAAGCCAGCACCAGAACAACAGCCCUACUCAGUAACCUCCUAUCUUCUUAACUGCCUCAUUUGCGUGAGAGACUAGAACUUGACCGGAACAUCCACUGGCUCCACUCUUCAUCGGGGAGAAGAGCAGCGGCACCAGUGAGGAGACGUACGUUGCUGCCUCACUUCACUUAAGAUUAUACAUAUUUUAUCUGUAAAGAAAGAAUGGCUCAUCUAAAGAUGCAUGGUUUUGUCCAAAUCCGAAGCAAGGACAGGAGCAAGCACACCAGAGCAUCUCAGUGGAAAUCAGCAGACCUCCAAAUAGUAGAAAGAAAACAGAAAGUUAAUCUGGUGGUUUCUUUCAAGUUGGAAGAAAGGAGAAGGGUUUUUCAGCUGGAUGAUAAUGUUGCCAAUGUCGAGGUUGGAGAUUGUGAGCUGGAACUGCAUUACCUGCAUUUAACGUUGAGAGAUGGCACUUCCUUACUCAUUGACAAGUUAUCCUCCACAGACUUCGAACAUUUGAAGUCAUCCCUGGAUUUGUUUAUUCCAUGUGAAUCUCAACAACCUCUGGAGCCCAAGAGUAAUUAUGAUGUUCCUGAAAACAGUGUUCCAUUCUGUGGGGAGCACCACGAGCCAGUUUGUGGACCUCUGAAUACCACAACAGGAACUGGGAUACCAUUCUCCAGAAAGAUGCCAAUUUCUGUGUCAGACUCCACCAGCUGUCAUGUUGGAAAAAAGAGAGAAGGAAAACGAGGUGAAAAGAGGAAGACAGCAACAUCAUCCAGUAUAGAAACGAAUGAGGACAUUUUCAAAGAAAGUAAUCUUGAACCAAAAAAGAAAUCCAAGAAUGUAAGAAGCAAAGCAGAGAAAUUGAUGGCUGUAAGAGAUCAGGAAAUGUAUAACAGUUGGGAAAUUGACCCUUUGCUUUUAUUCAGUCCCAACUCCUAUGAAAAGCCUAGCCUAGGUGACACCACUUUUCCAUUCCCAAAAUAUUUUGAUGAAAGAAAUGGACCAAAGCAACUAAAACGUGAAGGCUUCCCCAAUUUGGGAAAUACCUGUUACAUGAAUUCCAUUUUACAGUCUGUCUUUGGGAUCCCAACCUUUGCAAAGGACUUACUCACACAAGGUAUUCCAUUUGACAGUGUUUCCGGUGAUGAUCUUAUCAAGCCCUUAACUCAACUUCUUGUGGUGAAAGACAUUCAAGAUGUAGACAUUAAGGGAGCAUUCCUCAUGAAUGUGAUGAGAAGCAUUUCCAUGGUUACAGACACAUUCUCCUACAAUGAACAGAAUGAUGCCCAUGAAUUCUUAAGUGUGUGUUUAGACCUAUUAAAACUGAGCAUGGAAAAACUAAAUACCAUGUGGAAUGCUGAGAGAGAGAACAAAGGUGAGAAAUCAUCUUCACUAAUGUAUGCUGGGACUGCUGCUUUCAAAAGGUUUGUUUGUCCCGUUCGUGCUAAUUUUGAAAUUGAGCUACAAAAAUCCAUUAUUUGUGAAGGUUGUGGUGAGGCUACUCUCAAAACUGAAGUGAGUAAUUACCUCUCCAUUGACCUGCACCAAGGGACAAAAGAAAGCCCUCUAUCAAUUCAAAGGUCUUUUGAUCUGUUCUUUAAACCAGAAAAGAUUGAGCAUAAUUGUGAGAAAUGCAAGAACAAGAAUUCUGUUCUCAGGUACACAUUGAGGAGACUCCCCAAGGUCCUCAUAGUUCAUCUGAAACGCUACCAAGUUACCACUGACAAGUUGCUGGUGAAGAGUCAGCAGCCAGUUGAGAUUUCUAAGUAUUUAAAUAUAUCUUCCCAUUGCAAUAGAAACAGGAAUCCACCAUUUCCCUUGGACAAUACAUCCCCUAAUGGUGACUAUGAUAUCUCAAAUGUUUCUCAAGGGGUGAUGCCUAAGAUCCUCAACCAGUCAAUGCCAUCUAGAAAGGUGACUUCAGAAACCAGUGAUCCCACAAUUCUUCAGGUUGAGUGUGAUGAGGAUGCUGAAAUACAAAACUUCCUGAGAAUGUACAAGGAUGCAGGUGAGGAACAGCAGCAGAGAGACUUGGAAAGUGGUUCUAAGCUGGAGCCUGAACUAGUGAAGACAGAAUACAGGAUGCUCAGUGAAAAGACCUUGCUAGCAGCUGACUCAGUGGGUGAAGGAAAAGGCUUCCUCUCUAUGAUCUGUGAGCCUGUCAGCAUCCAAGACCCAGGUCUUACAGAGGUACCCGAUGAUGCAGAUUUUAAGGACUAUGAGAAAGUUAUUGUACAUGAAGAGUCAGAUUAUCACACUACCACUGAGUUGUCAAAAUAUUUUUGUGAUCUUAAAGAAUGGAAGAUUCUAGAAGGAUCUCAAGAAAUGGUGGAACAGCUCUACCAGAUUCAUGGGAAUGGAAUGCGCAAUGAAUUGCUUCUGCAGGCAUCAUAUCCAAGUGUUAGUACUCAGAAAGGCACAGGGAAGGGUAUGAGUAGGUCUUCAGAAUUGAGAGCUCAGGUAGAUGAUCCACAUUCCCUUGGUGUGUUUGGUCCUGAUAACAAUCCUAAAAAUAACAAUGUUACAGAACGCAACAACAUAGUAAAUGCCACUGAGGAAUCAAAUGUGGAGAUGGAAGAUGAUCCUCAGAAUUACAGGCUUGUCAGUGUUGUCAGCCAUUUUGGGAGCUCCCCAAAUUCAGGCCAUUAUGUAAGUGAUGUGUAUGAUUUUCAAAGGCAGGCAUGGCUCCUGUACAGUGAUAUGGAAGUGUUUGAGAUUCCAGAUUCCUUUAUUCAAGAGGGCAGGCGUCACACUGGCUACAUUUUUUUUUACAUGCAUAAUGAAGUUUUUGAGGAACUGUUGAAAAAGGCAUUAGAGUGCAAGUUUACUAGUACAUCUAAAGGGGAAACCAAGGAAAUAGAUCUCUCGACAUUGUUUUUUGGCUUAACAGACAUCAUAUGAUCACAAUGAAAGAUCAUAUCACUGAAGAUGAAAAUUCAGUAAAACAAAAACAAUACAUGUUAACUUCCAAAAAGGUUAAAUGUGGUUUUUCUAAUAUUGUUUUAAUUUGUUCUUCAUUUGUUUGCUCAGUAGCUAAAGAGUGCAUACUGCUUUUAUAGAAAACCCAAGCUUGAUUUCCCAGUACCUGUGUUGAGUGCGAGUGUAUGUAUGUGUUCUUGGAGGCAGAAGGCAUAGUAUACCCUAGAGCAGUAGUUUCCGCUUUUAAACACUAAGCCAUCUCUUGGCCUUCAUUUUAAUUCUAGUAUAUGUGCUAUCCACAUGGGCAAAACACAGUGGUUCCUAAAUGUCAUUCUGAACCAGCACAACACAGCAAGCAACUAAUCAUAAGCCCAAAUGUUGUGGUCCAUUCUCAUAACAGGUUCAGAAACAACCCUGAUGGACUUAAAAAGUUUGAGAGACAAAUUUAGAAUGUCUUAUUUUGUUAGUGGAUGUAUAAAUUGUUCAUGUCCUCCAGAGGACUUUCAUCGUGUUUUCCCUAAAUUACUGUUCUUUUAUCAAUUUAUUAAAACCACUGUUUCCUAUGUGUUUGUGACUAUUGAUGAAAUUAUCCAGCUGCCCACCAACUGGUUUUGUCCUUCCUUCUCUGGCAGGGUUACACAGGAAAUGAAAUACUAUGAUAAAUUUGCAGAUUCAAAAGCACCCUCAAGGGCUCAGUGGGUAAAAACACCUGCCACAAAGCCUUAUGGCCCACUCAUACAAGUUCUCCUCUGACCUCUAGAGAAGCUAGCACAUGUGCACUCACAUAAAUGAAUGGACAUGUAAAAAUCUAAUAAUUUUGGGGGAUCUCAUUAUGUAGCUCUGGCUGGCUUGGAAUUCUAGUAGAUUGUCUGCACCACCAUGCCUAGCAUAAUAAUUUUCUUUAGGGCAUCUUUUAAGAUUGGUUUUCUGAAUGGCAGAUGGAUGGACUAGCUUAGCCAGAUGAUGUAACUCAUGCCUAUAAUCUCAGUUUUCAGGAGGCAGAUUUAAGACCCUCACCCCUACCACCAGUCCUACAAAGGACUAAUUGAAGAUGUUCUCUUCUGGCUACCUUACCUUCCAGCGUCCUGUGUGAACUUGGCUUUGCCGGGCAGAUCCAUUCAUAGGUGACUUGGCAAAUUAGAAGCAGCCAAAGUGUUGCAACAGAUUGGAUUAAAAAAAAAAAUCGUUUCCACCCCCAAAACCCAAACAGGAAACUAACUGGUUGGGGUUAUCAUUUACAGAUUGCUUUUUCUCCAAUCCACCAGUUGAGAUAAAUUACUCUCCUUUGAAAAAUCAAGUGAGAUGGAGAAGUACAGGGAUUUAAAAUCAGAAAAAGAUGCCUACCCAUUCCUCUUCCUUCCCAACCAUUAAAAAAAACAGUUUUCUACUUAUUUAUGUCACUGUGUCUUUGUGUGUGGUAACUUCAAGGCCAGAAGAGAACAUCAGAUCACGUCAAGCUAGAAUUCAGGCAGAUGUGAGCCAUUUAGUAUGGAUUCUGCGGAUUAAACUAAGGUUCUCUGUAAGAGGGCAAAUGAUCUUAACUCCUGAAUCAUAUGUUUAGCAACUCACUCUUUGAAAUUAGUGUGUGUGUGAACCACAAUUUGUAGGUGGACAGUAGAGGACAAUUUGUGGAAGUUAGUUCUCUCCUUCUAUUAUGUGGGUCCCAGGAAUCAAACUCAAGUUGCUGAGCUCUGCUCCAAGUGCCUCUAUCCCGCUGAGCCACCUUACCCAAGGCUGGCCUUGAACUCCUGAGCUCUCAUCUGCAACCUUCACGUUCCAAGAUUGCAGGCAUGUGCCAUCACUCCUAUUCCCUUUCACAACUUUUAAGAUGUCUAAUGGGUUGAUUUUAGGAUAUAGUUUAGUGUUAGAGUAAGUGAAUCCCAUAUGUAAGGCUCCGAGUCCCAUCCUCAGUAUUGUGUGUGACAAUACACAUAGUGUUACUUAUGGUAUCACUUGGAACUCCAAGGCUUUUUAUUUAACAACAAAAAGUUCCAAAUAUAUAACCAACCUGGCACAUAUUGUUAAGCAAUAUAAUGUUACAUUUUCUGAUGUGAACUAUUAAAAAUGGCUACCACUAGUUAUUAGUCACUAGAAAAAAAAAUUCCAUGAGAACAAACAAAAAUUCCAUGAAGGUUUUGGACACAUUUGGUUUAUCAGUAUCUCUUUAGUCAUGUUAGUUAAAAGGUACUUUAAAUAUUUGCUGCGUGGCAGACAUGGUGUCAUGUACUCAGAUACUCAGAUACUCAGGAGGCUGAGGCAUGAGGAUCACCUGGGCUCAGAAGUCAAAACCCAGCCUGGGCAAUAUAACAAGACUCCAUUUCAAGAAUACCAUACCAAGGGCUGGAGAGAUGGCACUAGAGCUAAUAGAAUUGUCUGCUCUUCCAGAGGACUUGGAUUCAAUUCCUAGCACCCACAUGGCCAUCCACAAAAGAGAUGAUCACAACCAUCUGUUAACUCCAGUCUUGGCAGAACUGAUGCCUUCUGCUGGCCUCCAUGUGCACCAGGCACAUAUGUGGCACAAACAUACAUGCAGGCAAAACACAUACCCACAUAAAAUAUGUAAAUUAAAAUAAAUACCAAAAUAGGAAGCUACAGAGAUAGCUCAGUAUUUAGGAGCACUUGCUGCUCUUCCAGAGGAAUGAAGUCAGUUCCCUGCACCCAGUUCAGGCAGCUCACAACCACUUGUAACUCGUUGGGACUUGAUGUCAUCUAGCUUGCCUAGGCAUCUGAACAUACAUGAUAUACAUAUACACAUACAUUUUGAAAAGACAAAACAAGUAUCUAUGGAUGAAUGAGUUAAACCUGUUCUCAAAAGAUAGCCACAGUGAGUUUAAGUUCUCUAUGUUCAUGUUCUCUGUGAUGGACUCAAAACUGUAGAACAUUUUGCAGUCAAUUUUCGGAAUGAUUAUUUUAUACCAUCCUAUAAAGGAAGAGUUUCCCAUACUUUUGAAGAGCUCAAAGUCCCUAGCUAGUGUGAAUUCUUUUCUGGUGUCCAUCAAGAUAUGACUUGUAAGCAAAAGCUUUUCCACACUCAGAGCAUUUAUAAGGUUUUUGCCCAGUAUGGAGCUUUUUAUGAAAAUCAAGGUGUUCUUUUUGGCUGAAGGAUUUCCCACAUUCAUUACACACAUAGGCUUUCUCUCCACUGUGAAUUUUCUGAUGAACACGGAGGUUUGACUUCACAGUGAAAACUUUCCCACAUCUUUUACAGCCAUCUGAUUUUUCUUCAGAGUAGAUUUUUUUAAUGUUGAGUAAGGUUUUUCUUCUAGACAAAAGCCCUGUCGCAGAGAUGACACUCGCAAGCGCUCACACCAGCAUGGAUUCUCUCAUGAUUGAUGGCAUUUGCUUUCUGGGCAAAAGCCUUUUUACACAGUACACACUUGUAGGGUUUCUCUCCCAUGUGUGUUCUCUGGUGUUUCACAAGAGAGACUUCCAAAUGAAAGAUUUCAUACAGUGCUUACAUCAGUACAGCUUCUCUUUGUGAAUGUUUUUAUGUUGACUGAAGGUUGAGUUUUGUUUGAAAGACUUGCCACAUACAUUGCACUCAUAGGCUUUCUCUUCAUGGUGGAUUUUCUUAUGAUUACUGUAAGAUGACACCCAGGAGAAGGCUUUCCACAAGCUUCACAUUUAAAGGGUUUCUCUUUGGCAUUAAUUUUCUGAUGUUGAACAAGAUUGGUCUUCUGCCUGUAGGCUUUUCCACACUCAGCACACUGAUAGACUUUUCUCUCUGGAUGAGUUUUCUUAUGUUUAUUCAGUUUUCAAAGCAUUCUGAAUGCUCUUCCACAUUUAUUGUAUUUAAAGGAAUUUUUCCCAUUAUGGAUCCUCCUAUGCCUCUGAAGACAUGGCUUCGAGUUCAGUAACUUUCCACAGACAUUAUAUUCAAACUGCAUUUCCAAAGAUUUGCAUGAAUUAAGGACAAUUGAUUUUUUUAUAUUUGUGAGAAUUGUUUUUCAUACACUGCUUCCUAUCAAAAUUAUGCCUCAAAUGCCUUCUAGGUAUACAGUAUUCCAAGAGCCUGAUUCUUGAAGGAACAUCAUUGCUUGGGAGAAACAUUUUUUUCAUGUGUAGUGCCUUUUUGCUCAGUGAAUGUUUUCUUGUGGAUGGAUACAGCUCCUCUCUUGAGACUCUUCUCCACAUUCACUGACAUUUCAACCUAUCUUUCAACAUCCUCAUCUUCUUCUGAAAUAAAUGUAUAGUGAGAAACUUUCCACUCUUGUGGUUUGACAUGGAUAUGCUACAAAUCACAAAGUGGGGCCAUUCUGAUCUCAGAGAAUUGGACUUAGUCUAGCUUCAGCAGGCAAGUAGCUGAUCAGCUAUGCCCACCAAGCAGGUGGGCUACCAGGGUCAACUGCUGCUAGUGCUAGUCAACAGGGGCUGAAGAGAUGCCUUCUUUUGGACUCACAUGAACAUACAUACACACACACACACACACACACACACACACACACACACACACUACAUUUAGAAAAAAUAUCUUUAAAACAACAACAAAAGGGCUGUGGAGAUGGCUCAAUGCAUAAAGUAUUAGCUGUGCAAGUGUUAGGACCUGAGUUUGGAUGUGCAGAACUCAAAUUAAAACUGUCAUGGUCUGAAAUGUCAGCAAAGCAGAGACUGAAGAAUUCCUGAAGGCUCAUGGACUAGCUAGUCUGCUGGAGGUAGUAGUGAAUGAGAGAUGAGAGAUGUUGUCUUAAAUAAGGUGGAAGGGUAAAAUGAGGCUCCACCUCUAAGGUCCUCUGACCUCCACCUGAUAUGCUAUGACACGAACACACCCAUAGCCAAAUACAUAUACACACCAGAUGAAUGGAUAGAAGGAUGCAAACCCCCCCACAAGAAAAUAGGGGAAAACUAAUAAAACAGCAGCACUACACUUCUCUCCUGCUUCAUCCUAAUCCUGAUUCAUGUAUGAUAUCCCCAUAGUAAAAAGUGGCUGGAAAGCAAAUCUGCUCACCCUUGAGCAGGUGCUUAUGUAUUUCAGAUUUCAGACUUCAGGCAGUCGCUCCACCUACCCACAAAGCCCUCCUCACCCACAGAGGCCAGGCUGAUGCAGUUCUCCAACAUCGCAUCCUUAUAUAAGCUUUUCUGAUCAGGGUUCAACCCCUGCCACUCCUCUGAGGUGAAGCUCACAGUGAUGUCCUGGAAGGUCACUCUCCCCUGUAAUAGCAAAUUCCCCAUCUGUAGAAAGGUAUCACUACAGCACAAGAAAACCCACAGAAUCAACUAAGCAGGGCUCAUAGCACCUCAUAGAGACUGAAUCAAGAAUCAUGGAGCCUGCAUGAGUCUGACCUAGGCCCUCUGCAUAUAUGAUAUGGUUAUGUAGCUUGGUGUUCCUGUGGGACUCUUAAUGGUAGCAAUGGGGUUGUCUCUGACUCUUUUACCUGCUUUUGGUACCCUUUUACUCCUAUUGGGUUGUCUGGUCCAGCCUUGAUAUGAGGGGAAGUGCCUGGUCUUACUGCAUCUUGCUAUGGCAUGUUUGGUUGAUAUCCCCGGGAGGCCUGCCUGUUUUUCUGAGGGGAAACAGGAGGAGGAAUGGAUAUGGGGGAGGGACUGAGAUGAGAUAAGGGAAGGGAAACUGUGUUUGGAAUAUAAUAUAUGAGAGAUAAAUGAAUAAAUAAAUGUGCUAAAAUUGAAAAAAGAAAAAAAAGGAAGGAUGUCACUGAAGACAGGUGUGUUGGUUAAUGCCUAUAAACUCAGUGUUCAGAAGGUUGAAGAGGGAGAGCUACUGAGUUAGAAGCUAAACAGGGCUAGCUUUUAUGUUCUAGUACAGUCCGGGCUGUAGGGUGAGACCUUGUCCCAAAAUGGUAAAAAGGAUGGGCCUAUGGUGGCACAUGUCUUUAAUCAAAACACUUGGGUGGCAGCAGCAGACACAUCUCUGAGUUUUGGGCCAGCCUGGUCUACUGAUUGAUUUCCAGGAAAGCCAGAGUUACACAGAGAAAUUGUGUCUCAAAAAACAAACAAAUAAACAAACAAAUCCAGGCUUGUGGUGCACACCUGUAAUCUCAGCACUCAAGGAGGCAGAGGCAGGUGGAUCUCUGUUAUUUCAAGGCCAGCCUAGUCUACAGAGUGAGUCCAGGACAGCCAAGCCUACACAGAGAAACCCUGUCUCAAAAAACAAAAAACAAAAAAGAAAGAAAACAAACAAAAAACAAAACAACAGAUAGCCCAGUCAACCUCCCCCAAACCAAACCAAGCCACAAACCUGAACCAAACCAAACCAAACUGAUAACAAAAGAA